AUCGAGUCAAAUUCUACCCCGGGUUACUUUUCUUCGGUUUUGACUUUCCUUUUUCUCAAAAGGUACAAAUGGCGCUUCUUCUUUAAUUCUUCGAUUCUGUUGGUGUCUUCACUCCUUAACCCUUCUCUGUCUCUCUGCUCGAUAAUCCCUAGUACCACUACAGAACCUCAAUUCCAUCCCGUUUUAGUUUUAUUUUUAUAUGAGUAAUAAUGGAAGAAUGAAGCGCGUAUUCGACGAAAUCUCUGACGACGAGUGGGACAGCCACUCAUUUCAGCCUUCGCGCGUUCUUAAAACAACGUCGCUUCAGAAACACGAGCAGAAGAAAUCUGCUCCUCCUUCUAUAGAAUCCUUCGCAUUCAAUAAAAGAUGCGGAGACACUCUGAACUGCAGUUCCAGCAGCGAAGACGAUAGCAUCGAGAUUACUCCGCCUUUCACUUCAGGAGACAAAAUCGAGAAUUUAGAGGAUGAUGACGUGGAACUUGAUGAUGACGAUGCUGCUGCUUUUGAAGAGGGGGUCCCGAGGCAGAGUAAUCGUGGCCGUCGAUUUGUCGUUGAUGAUGACGAGGAGGAGGAGGAGGAGCAAGUGGAGAGUGAUAGGGAUUUUGCUGAGGUGUAUGAUUUAAAUACGACCGACGAGGAAGAGGAGAAGUUGGAGUUAGAAGAAGAUGACGUAGUUGGAAAAGCUUUACAAAAGUGCGCCAAAAUAUCGGCUGACUUGAAAAAGGAAUUGUACGGCUCUGCUGCCACCUCCUGCGAACGGUAUGCUGAGGUCGACGCUUCUUCAGUAAGGAUCGUCACUCAGAGUGAUAUUGCUGCAGCAUGUACAGUGGUGGAUUCAGAUUUCCAGCCUGUUCUCAAGCCAUACCAGUUAGUUGGUGUGAACUUUCUUCUUCUGCUCAACCGGAAGGGCAUUGCAGGAGCCAUAUUGGCGGACGAGAUGGGGCUUGGGAAGACUAUUCAGGCAAUUACAUAUUUAAUGUUGCUGAAACACUUGAAUGAUGAUCCUGGUCCGCAUUUAAUUGUUUGUCCAGCCUCUGUAUUGGAAAAUUGGGAAAGAGAACUCAAAAAGUGGUGUCCAUCAUUUUCUGUACUUCAGUAUCAUGGUGCUGCACGAGCUGCCUAUUCAAAAGAGUUGAACUCUUUAGCCAAAGCUGGGUUGCCACUUCCAUUUAAUGUGCUUCUUGUUUGUUAUUCACUCUUUGAGCGUCACAGUGCACAACAGAAAGAUGACCGUAAAAUUCUGAAACGCUGGCGAUGGAGUUGUGUUCUCAUGGAUGAGGCACAUGCUUUAAAGGAUAAGAACAGCUAUAGGUGGAAAAACCUGAUGUCAGUUGCAAGAAAUGCAAAGCAGCGUCUGAUGCUUACAGGAACGCCCCUACAGAAUGAUUUGCAUGAGCUUUGGUCCCUAUUGGAGUUUAUGAUGCCUGAUCUUUUUGCAACCGAGGAUGUUGACUUGAAAAAGCUACUAAAUGCAGAAGAUAGAGAUUUAAUUGUUCGUAUGAAGUCCAUACUGGGACCAUUCAUCUUGAGGCGUUUAAAAUCUGAUGUAAUGCAACAACUUGUUCCAAAGAUACAGCGGGUUGAAUAUGUUUCAAUGGAAAAGCAUCAGGAAGUUGCUUAUAAAGAAGCAAUUGAGGAAUAUCGCACAGCUUCACGUGAUCGUAUGGCAAAGCUGAAAGACAUCAACUUGAAUACCAUUUUUGAAUUUCUUCCUCGGCGGCAAGUCUCCAAUUAUUUUGUUCAGUUUCGCAAGAUAGCAAAUCAUCCAUUAUUGGUGAGGCGAAUUUACAGUGAUGAGGAUGUUGUUCGUUUUGCUAAGAUUUUACAUCCAAUCGGUGUUUUUGGCUUUGAAUGUACGUUGGACAGAGUUAUUGAGGAACUUAAGAGCUAUAAUGACUUUUCUAUUCAUCAGCUUUUACUUAAUUAUGGUGACAAGGAUGCUAAAGGAAUUCUUUCCGAAAAGCACAUCAUGCUAUCAGCAAAAUGUCGGGCACUAGCUGAACUUCUUCCUGAGUUGAGGAGGGAUGGACAUAAGGUUCUAAUUUUUAGCCAGUGGACUUCAAUGCUAGACAUCUUAGAAUGGACUUUGGAUGUUAUUGGACUGACAUAUAGAAGACUUGAUGGAAGUACUCCAGUGACAGAGAGGCAGACCAUAGUUGAUGCUUUCAACAAUGAUACUUCUAUAUUUGCUUGCUUAUUGUCCACUAGAGCUGGGGGGCAGGGUUUGAACUUGACUGGAGCUGAUACGGUUGUCAUCCAUGAUAUGGAUUUCAACCCACAGAUUGAUCGACAAGCAGAAGAUCGAUGUCAUCGCAUUGGCCAAACUAAGCCUGUCACCAUUUACAGGCUGGUGACCAAGGGUACAGUUGAUGAGAAUAUUUAUGAGAUUGCAAAACGGAAGCUUACUUUGGAUGCUGCUGUUCUUGAGUCUGGAGUGGAGGUAGAUGAUGCGGGCGACACUUCUGAGAAGACAAUGGGGGAGAUAUUAUCAUCACUUUUAAUGGGCUAAUAGUCUCUACUUGUCUGAUAGACUUGGCCACUCGGAAAUUUCUUUUCCUUUUACUUUGCUUUUUGGUAAUAUCUAUUGUUGUAUUAGUUAGGUGUAGUCUAGGCAGAAAGAGGGGAAAGGGGAAAAGAAGCAACAAAUGUGAAGAGAAAAAGAUCACUUACAAUUGAUGGUCUUUUUCUAUAAGGGUUUAGUUAGCCCUUAAAUUCAUAGUGGUAAAAGUCGUGAAAAAAUCAAUUAGACUUGAUUGAUCAAAUAUAGAUACAUGAGAGAUUAGGUUAACUUUUUUGUUGGGCUAUGUUAAGCACCUGGAUUAGAAGAUGGUUUUAUUUGACAAAUUCAUUCUCCUAAACAUUUGAGCCUACACCUUAGGUUAUAUCUUACGGGUUAAAGCUUUCUUCUGAGGGAGCUGUCCAGUGUAAGAAUAGUGUUUGUGGCUGGGCUUGAAAAAACAGAGAGAAAAAAGAACCCGCUGUAGAGUAUAUUCAUUUUGUCGUUGUUAUGCCACGAUUUGUUGAAACAACGUUGGGAAAACUUACUAAUGAAGUAGCAUUUAGACAAGCUGAAGUCAGUAACCCUGAAAAAUGUAUAUUUUUUUGAGCUAGAGAUCAUCGAGUUGUGUUGAGAAAAACGAAGCAAGUAGAUUAUGCACAUUCUUCUUUGUUAUCUAUGUUAGAACAUGUGAUCCUUUAGAGUUCCCAGAAUUGCUCAAAUUCAUUGUAGAGUUGGAUCCUGGCCUGGCUCACUUUGGUUCAACUUCAUUUGCACAUGUACCUGUGAUAUAGGAACUAAUCUGUAGCCACUUAAAGUGAAACCUUGGUUCUUGUAUCGCUCGAUCACUGCUAUGAUUAACUUUUAUCGAACCAGUUGUUAGAUUAAGAGGUUUUAUUUAUUUAUUUAAUUUUUCUUUGGUUAGGCUUAA